CCAGACAGAGUCAGUGAAGCAGCAGGACUUGAGGCAAGCCUUUCCAUGCCUAAGACUAAGAAAGACACUAUGGAAUCCACUAUGGACAGCCUCCUGAUGAAGCAGAGGAAAUUUCUUUACCAUUUCAAGAAUGUCCGCUGGGCUAAGGGUCGCCAUGAAACCUACUUGUGCUACGUGGUGAAGCGACGGGAUAGCGCCACCUCCUUUUCACUGGACUUCGGUCACCUUCGAAACAAGUCGGGCUGCCACGUGGAGCUGCUCUUCCUCCGCUACAUCUCCGACUGGGACCUGGACCCUGGCCGGUGCUACCGCGUCACCUGGUUCACCUCCUGGAGCCCCUGCUACGACUGUGCUCGGCACGUGGCCGACUUUCUGAGAGGGUACCCCAACCUCAGCCUGAGGAUCUUCACCGCGCGCCUCUACUUCUGCGAGGACCGCAAGGCUGAGCCCGAGGGGCUGCGGCGGCUGCACCGCGCGGGGGUCCAGAUAGCCAUCAUGACCUUCAAAGAUUAUUUUUAUUGCUGGAAUACUUUUGUGGAAAAUCGUGAAAAAACUUUCAAAGCCUGGGAGGGGUUGCACGAAAAUUCCGUCCGACUAUCCAGACAGCUUCGACGCAUUCUGUUGCCCCUGUAUGAAGUUGAUGACUUACGAGAUGCAUUUCGUACUUUGGGACUUUGAUAUCAUCCUCCCAAGAAAUGUCACUUAGGAUGAACCAUCUCUGAAGACAGUGGGUAAAAAGACAAUCUUGCAAGCAUUUUGUUUUUCUUCAACUCUCAUUUCCUUAAGAGUUUAGAGAGAAAAUAUUCAUAUACAGGACUUUGUUAAAAGCAAAACAAAACAAAACCCGGUCUUUAACGUACAGAAGGAACACAGGCCCACCUGGGUAAUGCUGCAACUGGCGCAGCUUUUCAUGCAAUAACGCCCCCUACUGGGAAAUGACAGAAUUGCAGGAAGCACCUAAAGGAUGUUCUAGGACUCUGGCAGGGAGGAAACAAAAGGUAAACCUGUAAAACCAUGGUGAGAAGAUCAAACCUUUAUAAUAUGUAUCCUUUAUUAUCUGAUUCAUACGGAAUUUUCAAUGAUAUUGGUGAUAGAUUUUUCUACUCUUUUCCUUUGGGGUUCACUUUCAAGUGAACAAACUCACACCAGUCCAUGAUCUAUAUAGAACCUCCUAAUGGAAGGAUCUGGGUGAUUGUAACCCCCAAACAUCUUCCCAGGGCAUUAAUAUCUAACUAUGUACUGUAUGUUUUCAUCGUCUCAGAUAUGUUUUUAUGUUUGUACAUAGAACAAUUCUUUCUCUUGGUAUGAAAUAUGCAUGAUCGCCUUCAGGCUAUUUUAUAAUAAAGGAUCUUAAAGUGAAUGAGGACUGUGAAGAAGACACUGUAAAAGUUAGCCGAUGCCAAGUAACACAUCUGGAAACAUAGAUCCUUUUAAAGAAGUCCAUACGUCAGAAACCAAAACCACAAAUUUCACAUUUAAUUAGGUAACACUUGGAAAGGAGUUGCUUCAUUCAGUGUUGAGAAAAAAACUGUCCUCUCAGUGGGUCUCUUGAACAAAGUCAACCAGGCCAACGUUUCUGACUUUUUGUAUGUAUCCAAUGCUCCUCUCAAAGAAAUGCUCAUUAUGUAGGAGAGUGUAGUAAAAAGAAAAUAACAUUUGGAAAAGAAGGAUAACAGAGCAUUCAUUACAAAGUGUUUUCUCCUGCAAAACGUAGGGAGCAACAUGGCAGAGAAUACCGCUGUAACAACUCUCCUUGACUAUGAGAAAAAUAUUCAAAAUAACCAUAUCACUGAGCAAUUAUUACCUAGCAACCCUUGCAAUGCAGAUAAAUAGAUCUGCAAGACAAGUUGAAUGCACAACUGUGUUGUUUUACAAAUACGAAUGGGUGUCAGGACCAAUCAAUAGGAGAAAGAAUAACCCUUUGCAACAAACUGUGAUGGGACAACUGGAUAUCUCUAUGUGAAAGAAUGAAUUUGGAUCUCUUACCAUAUACCAUAUACAAAAGUUAACUCAAAAUUUAUCAAAUACCUUCAUGCAAGAACUAAAAUUAUAAAACCCUUAG